AUGAGCACGCCAGCUUCGCCCGUGACCCCAACUUCAUUGGUGACAACUCCCAUUCCAGGCGACUGGAGGCAGGAGAGUGAUGAGACAAAGCUUUCCUGGCUGAACAAGCAGCCGAUGGUGGACGACAACACCAUUUCCAUUGGCAGUUGUGUGACAAGCUCAACAAAAAUAUCCGACCUUUGCGGCCGAUUCAUUGAUACCAUCAACGCCUUCGUCGCCGAACUCGGAACUCGUCACGUCGGUCAGCUUCUUGAAGCGGCCGAAAAGUUCGUCGACGUUACGAACAAAACUCUGUGGAGAUUCAAUGAGCAGAUUGUGUCCGACCUCAAUGCUGUUUUUGACAGCGGGGUUUUUGGUCUCGAAUCGGUGGUCAUUAAACCGAUCCAUCUGAAUGAGCUGGAACUUCUUCCGACAUCCAACCAGCCCAAGUCUAACAUCGCUGAGGAAGUCUUUCAUAUCUUGGCAGAUGUCUUCAAGAUUGCCUGCGACAAUAAUGCCUCAAUGAACAAGUACCGCCCUGCGAUCGCUUCGUCGUGGGCCAAAUUACUUGCCGACUUCGUUGCAGCAGGCGACGAGUUUUUCCCUUUGCUGAAUGGCAAUGCUGGUACACGGUGA